GGCAGCUGGCGCGGGGUCGGCCUGGGAGUAGAGUCGAAUCGAGGCCUGGGCCGGAAAGUUUCGACCGGGUUUUGCCGGCGGCCAGGAGCGGUCGACGCGCAGCGGUGGGCUCGGACCCGCGCCCCUCGCAGCGCCCGGCGCCUGCGGUGCUCGGGACGUUCGGCCUCCGGAGCGCCUCUCUGGCUGCCAUGGCUGCCUUAGCCGGCCCCGCGGGUUUGCGGGCCUUCGGGACAAAGGUGCCCGGCUGGCUCCCGCGUGGCCCGUGGGCUCCACUCGCCGCUGGCUUUUGCAACCGGGGGCCGGCGGGGGCCGAGCGGCCGGAGCCGGGGCCGCGACCCACCAGCGUGCGGCAGCGGGACGGCAUCAGGAGCAUUGUCUUGAGCCAUCCGAAGAGGAGGAACGCGCUGUCACUGGCGAUGCUGAAAUCUCUCCAGAGUGACAUUCUUCAUGAAGCUGACAGCAAAGAUCUGAAAGUCAUUAUCAUUUCAGCUGAGGGGCCUGUGUUUUCUUCUGGGCAUGAUUUGAAGGAACUGACGGAUGAGCAAGGUCCAGCAUAUCAUGCUGAAGUAUUUCAAACCUGUUCUGAGGUCAUGAUGCAGAUCCAGAGCCACCCCGUCCCCGUGAUUGCCAUGGUGAACGGCCUGGCCACCGCGGCCGGGUGUCAGCUGGUUGCCAGCUGUGACAUUGCUGUGGCCAGUGACAAGUCUUCGUUUGCCACUCCGGGCGUGAACGUCGGGCUCUUCUGCUCUACCCCUGGGGUGGCCUUGGGGAGAGCGGUGCCCAGAAAGGUUGCCUUAGAAAUGCUUUUUACUGGGGAGCCCAUCACUGCGCAGGAGGCCUUGCUCCAUGGGCUGCUCAGCAGAGUAGUACCGGAAGAGCAGCUGGAGGAAGAGACCAUGAGAAUCGCGACAAAGAUCGCCUCCUUGAGCCGGCCUGUGGUGUCUCUGGGCAAAGCUGCCUUCUACAAGCAGCUGCCCCAGGACCUUAGAACAGCCUACUACCUCACCUGCCAGACCAUGGUGGACAACGUGGCUUUGCGGGAUGGGCAGGAGGGAAUCAAGGCCUUCAUGCAAAAGAGAAAACCCAUCUGGUCACACUGAGCCGGCCUUCUCAGAGGGAUGGAGGGCGAGUGAGCCCAGUGGGUAGCUCUCAGGACCGCCCCCCACUCCCUGCUGUCCGACUCCCAACCACCACGGCUGCCUUGUGAUGGUAACAGGAGACAGCCUGCUUCUGUAACAUUAGGAUUGGUUUCACUGUCUGGGGUCUGUAUUAACAGCCAUGAGUCCGUGGGGAAAGGAUGAAACGGAGACUCACAGGAAAUACUAAUUUGAAGGUAGUGAGCACCUUCGCUGGGCCAGCUACGGUAGAAAGCCUGGCAUUUGAUAUACUCUUUCACGGGACCUUCAGUGAAGGAUCACCCUGACAUGGGAGAAGGUGACGAUAAACUGAGGUGUGAAAGAAGGAUGCCACCUGCCUCUGUUCUCAGAAAUGGCCCCUAAGGUGGAGGUUGUGCUGUUUGCCCAAGACACGAGAAACAUUUCAAAUCUCCACGAGAUAUUCUCCACUCUGAAUAUCUUCUUGGUUCUACUGAGAAAUAACCAUGCCUACGGCUUUGGAAUCAUCUUUUGUCAUUUUAAAAGAUUAAAUGUUUAAAGAUACUCGUAAUUGUAUCUUCCCAACCAGCUGUCUGAGAGAAAAAAAAAUCAGCUAACUUUUCUUUCUUUGCCUAUGCUGACAGACGUACGGUAGGUGCCUGACCGGCAGCUUUUCCUUGCCAGUUUAGAAAGGUGAAAAAGCGUGUUUUUCUGGAAAGGAGGAGCUUGUUCUAAGAGUGCUCCUUCUGGGCUCAAAGGUCAUUAGAGCUCCUGUCGACUGGCGCCUGACAUGUGCUGUACAACCUCCUUCGUCCUCAGCGAAGCCAGUGGAGCAGGUCCUACAGCGAUCUCCACCUUCCACUUGGUCCAAACAACAGGGAGUGGGGCGAGUGGGGUUCCAAACGCCAUCUGCCUGGGAAAGCCACAGACACUCUUUCUCUGGGCCACAGUGCCGCGAGGAGAGCCUGGGCUAGUGUGGGGCCAGCUUGAAGAAAUGACUUUCCCGCUCCAUGUCUGCACUCCACACAAAAUAAUGGGCCAGGUACUCCUUGCUACCGAGCGUUGCCAGUGUGCAGGGGACUUUGGAUUUGAUUACCAGCAGACCACUAAUGGAAGCUAAUAUGGAGCUGGCUGCGGCUCCAAGCUAGAUCAUGAAAGAUGGGCUGUCAUGGUCUGAGCAAAACAGUGCUGUCCGUGGGGCCCCCACUGCACCUUCUGUCCAGGUGGCCCACGGUGGCAGCCACUGUUUGCAGUUGUCAGGGCACACAGUGCAGAGAGGGUGUUAUAAACUCUCUGGGCCUUGGAGAAAGUAACAGAGCCAGCUCACAGUUUGGCAAAUGAAAAGCAAAAGUUAACUCUGCAGUGUCUGUGUGAGCAGCAGGACACCACCUGCUCGGGCCUCCGGGCUGCUUUUCCAGCCUGUGAGCUGACGUGCCCUCAGGGACUAGCUAUAAAUCUUCAUAGUGGCCUGUGCAGAAAAUAACCCAGAAGGAAAGUCUGCUACCCACCCUCCGAUGUCAUAUAAUUCAUCCCGAGGCAAAUAUAAAUUUGGGGUUAAUUUGUAUCUCUGCUUCCUUCCACUGGGACAUUGAAUGAACAUUUUCUGAGAACCACAUGUGAUGAGUGCCUCUGGAAAGUCUGGUGUGUUUGUCUUUCCCUCUCUACCAUUUACUUCUCGGGGAGCUUUGCCGAGCUCAGCCCAGCAGUGCAGGGGCUAGAAACUCAAGUGAAAAGGGUGCUCACUCCUGCUCCCGUGGGGGAGAGACCCGUUCCGAUGGCAAAUGGAGUGAAUGGCUGAUUAACUUUACACCAAUGAAUUUGGGGGGGUUGCCAGGCGAGAACAUGGUGAUUUAAUGAGCCUAGCUCCUGCCAGGCAGCCCUAUGCAGUGCUCUCCCUGCCCCCCGUAUCUAGGAGGCUUAGAGAAGCUAAGGCAUUUGCCAGCGGGUUUGGACCUGUAUGAUUCUGAAGCCUGUGCUCCUGGUUACCAGACUGUACACCUCCCAACGUACCGACAAGAUGGCGUUCCGGCCUGGACAGACAGACGACAAUCAGAAAUGGCAUAGCCAGGGCAUCAUGGUUUUGCUUACUGAAGAGGAUUCAAGAAACGCAGGCGUUUGAACACGAAGAACACAGAGUUCCGGUCCCAGGGUUGCCAUCACCUGUCUGUGUCACGUGUGCAGGUGAUGUAACUCUGUCGGUGCUGUUUCCCAGUCAUCAAAAUGACGCCACUGGACACUCUGUCCUCUAACAUUCGUGAGCCUACAAUGCUGGGAUCAGGAAACAUGCUGUGAAACUUGAAACAGGAAGCUUUUGUUCACAGAAAAUGCUCUUUUACAAUUGGACAAAAUGGGUAUUUACCCUGAGAAGUGGUAAACAGUACAUUGAAAACAUCUGAUUACAGCUGAGAAUGAGAAACCGAUCACAGGGCUUUUCAGGCCACACCAGGACCCUGUGAAGACGGCAUGGCUAAGACCCCACACCAGACAGAUCUCUAUCAGAAUUGGCAGUUACCCUUCCUUUUGUCGAGGUGCAUUACUCAGCCCGCCCCUUUCCUCUCCUUCCUCUGAAAACCCACUGCACUAAGAGCAGCACUUCCAAAGUGUGGCCCAUGGAUGCCCGGCCAUGGACUGUCCCAAUGCAGAUUCUCGGCUGCCUCACCAGACCUGCUGAAUCACCAAGUCUGAUUCUGGGGUGCAAAAAUAUGCAUUUUAAAGAAGAUUUCCAAGUGAUUCUGCUGCACGCUAAAAGGUGUGAGCUCCUACAUGAGGGUGGAAGUGACAGCUAUGUCUCCAGCAGUAGCUGUAUUUAAACAGUGAGGCAGUACGGCCUCUGUGAUGAAAUUGUGGGCAAUGACUGUGGGCUUGGAGAAGAACGUGGGGGGACCUGCACACCUUCAGAAACCUCUUAAAAUCUGCCACUUGGGCAGGGAUGGGGGCUUCAUCAGCCCUCGUGCUCAUGCCUUUGGAAGCCCCACCUUAUAUCACAUUAAACAUCAGAAUAGUCCCAUAUUCCACACGAAAUAUAAUUCUUCUCUUUAGGAAAGGGAGUCGAAUGAUUUGCUUUUUAAAAUUGUCUAUAAAUAUUUGAUUAAUCAACAAUGAUUGUUUCUUGGCAAUCAUCAAGUAGGCAAGAGUUAAAUUCAACAUCACUGAAGUUGAUGUGUUACAGUUAAUAAAAUAUUAAAUUUCA